GACGGACAGAGACCGGGCGGGUGCAAGCCGAUUCCCCAUCGGCGGUGGCUGUGGUUCGACUUUCCCCCCACCGCACCGCCGUCGUUGGGGUCGUUCGGGGCUGCUGUUGGAUCCAUACAUGGGCAGGACAGCCAAGGCCGUGGGCCUGGUGCGCCGGAUGCACUUGCGAUCCAACUCGAUGUCCGCCAGGCCGAGUCCCUGUCCCGGUUUCAAAGAGUCCAAGACACUCUCCAAGACACUCUCCAAGACUCUCCAAGUCACUCUCCCCAAGACAUGCUCUCCAAGGACCGAUCUGCGUCGAAUUCCAGAAACCCGGCUCGCCCUUGCGUCGGUCGCACAGAGUUGUUGCUCGCUCGCUCGUCUCGGCUGCCGCGCGGCACAGUCCGUGAGAUUCGAAAUCGCCUUCUCCCCCCGGCCUCGUCUUGCCCAAGAGGCAAUCUGAUCUGCCCGAGUCCUCCCGCACCGCUGCCAUGCGGCCCCCCGGUCCCUCCGAAUCGUCCCCGCUGCUGCGGCCAGCGUCCCCAUCGCCCCGGUCCUGGCGCCGGCCACCGCCGUCGCUGUGGGUGCUGGCCCCGCCGCUCGUCCUGCACACUUUUGCAAACCACCUUUCCAAAACGCCUUAUGACCAGCUGGUGCUUCUGUUGAGCUGCAAGCUGCUGCUCGGCGCCGAGCCCGGGGGCACCCUGCCCGAAUUCGCCAGGUGUCGGGAGGAUGCGAACGUGCAGGCGCUUACGUCCUCAUGGAUGCUCGUGCUCGACCUGUCGCUCUCGAUUCCCUCGCUGGUCAUGCUGCCGCUGAUCGGGUUUCUGUCGGACCGCUGGGGCCGCAAGUCCAUCAUGAUCUCUGGCAUGCUGGGAUCGCUGCUGAAUCUGCUGACGAUCAUUGCAGUCGGCCAUUUCGGCCUGCCCAUGUCCUCGCUUGCCAUCGCCCAUGUCGCCGAGGGACUGCUCGGAGGAAAGAGCGCCAUGGGCAUGACCAUGAUGGUCUAUCUCACCGAUGUCUACAAAUCAUCGACCCGGACCGAGGCCUUUGGAUACUUCCAGGCCGCGACGUGGGCCGCAAUCACCUUUGCGCCUGUAGUUGGCGGAUGGAUUAUUCGGAUGGCCAGCGACGCCGUCUUUCCGUUCUAUGCGGCAGCUUGUCUCGACGUACUUGUCUUUUCCUAUAUACUUCUGGUCUUGCCAGAGUCCAAGGGAUGGUCCUCCGUCGGCAGCGACCCCAGCCAGCAUCCCGGCACAGAGACCGCUGCUGGCUCUCACGACGACAGCCCACGCAGGGCCAGCGAACCAAGGACGCCGCUGUCCGUGAAUAUCUCUCGUGAAGGUUGGAUUCUCGCCUCGGUCUUUUUUCUGGUCUACAUGACAUCGCCGUACUCGCUGUUCUACCUGUACACGGCCUUCAAGUUUGGAUGGGACGCUUUCGAGAACGGCAAGUUCAACAUGAUCAACGGCUUCAGCAAGAUCUUUUACAUUGGCUUGAUGCUUCCGCUGGCUCUCCGCUUCGGCGGCGCCGGUCUGCGUUUGGGAACAUCGUCCGAGGCACGUUUGACGACCCAGGAUCGACUGAAGCGACUAUCUGUCGAACUGAACCUGGCUCGGAUUGCAGUCCUGAUCUACGGCGCCGGAUUCAUCGGCUUUGCGCUCGCUGAAACAAGCUGGGUGUUUUAUACAGUCAGCAUCCUCGAUGGCUUUGGCAUCGUCGCUGCCCCGAUCUUGCGCUCGAUCCUGUCCCAGGUCAACUCGCAAAGCCGCCAAGGGUCGUUGUUUGCGCAAAUGGAGAUUCUCAUUCAGCUCGCCAUCCUGGUUUCCAACGUGGUCUUCAAGCCUAUCUACAGGGAAACAGUCUCGUGGAUGCCGAACCUGUGGCUGUUUUUGAUGGCGGCAGUUCUUGGCCUGGCUUGGCUGGUCUCGCUCUUCGUCAACGUCGAGGAGCUCGAAUCGCAGUGCCGGGCACAUGCCGAUCUGCUUGCGACCGACGAGACACCAGACCCCGAGGAAUAGGGCACAAUGGCCCUGGCAGGAGCAUAUGGGAGUUCCUGGCAGGAGCCAUAUGCAAGUGCACAAAUGAAACGGCGGCGUUCCAUUUCGUGAACACAUGGAAUAUACGUCCUUCGAUUGCCCGUC